AUGGAGGAAGACGCCACGGUGGUCUUCGUUAGAGAUAGAUCCGGCGAUUCUACCUGCGGUCCUGUUUCACGGAACAUUCUACUUCACUCAAAGACGUCCAACGGGAAAGCGGAAGGAGAACCCAUUGCAGCUGUUCUAAAUGAAGGUCAACUAAAGUCAUUGAAGGCGCUGAAAAGUGCUUUGACAAAAAUUAUCAAAGAAUUACAACAACAAGAUGUUGAAAUAGAAAACAUAUACUAUGUAUGUAAAGGAAAAAGAAGCCUACCUGUUGUAUCGAUAUUUAAUGAAACCGGGAUAAAGCAGGCGUUAGAAGAGUACCCUGAAAUACAACGGAACGGACACCGGAGCACAGCACUGCUUAAAUUAGCAUGCGAUUGGCACCUGAGAGGUGAUGCAGUGGUAGCAAGCAAGGAUAGCCCCAGGGGCUCUUUUCCUACAUCYCCUUCUACAYCUCAAGUUAAUAAAGUACCAAGCCACAGAAUAAGAAUAGAAGUGCAUGMUGGUGUCAACUUAAACAAGAACUCAGCAGAUGGUCCAAUCCAUACAAUUCAUAAUGUUAACUCAAAAGAAAACCUUGCCAGUAUCAAAAAACUUAUUAGGGAUAAAGUGCCAACUGCUUGUUUUCGAGCUGGUUUUUACUGGUUGCAACCUAAACAAACAAAGCCACUUCAUACAUUGGUMUCUGACCAUGACUUAGAAACAGCAAAGGAUGCUUAUCGGGAUGACAUCACUGGUAUGGUAAAAGGAUUACGUUUGGCCACAGUCAUUCAAAGUGAUGGAGAAAGAACACAAAGUGCAAAGCGAAGUCUUACUUCAAGCAUUUCAAAUCAAGUAUCGCGUAAGCGAUCACAUGAGGAUGCUGAAAAUGAUAAUGAUGACGACGACAAUGAUGAUGAUGAUGCAAGAGAAUUUGAUGCUGAAUCCUUCAAAUGGUUUCAAAAAGCAAGCAGUGGAAAACCUGCACUGAAAGACAACAAUUCUUCGUGGAACAAGAUCCACAUCGAAUUGAGAAAAGCAUUGGAGGAGACAGGAAAUCUUAGCAGAUUUGGUAUGAAGCAUCUCUCCCUCUGGACAGACCUUAUCCAAAAGGGAGAUGUAGCAGGGGUAAGGGAAGAACCWGACUGGUCUAAAUAUAGACAUAUCGUAGAAGUAGAACCAGUAUCAAGAGCAGCAUCCRGACUAGUAACCAGUAAAGGACAAGCCAGUACAGUGCAAGGAAGUGGUGUCAGUGAUCUUCUUACUACCAUGCUGAUACAACAGCAAAUGAGAAGAGAGGAAGAGAGAGCUGAGAAACUUGAAUAUGAACGAAAGCUUGAAAGUGAAAGAAAGAAAGACAAUACAAGCCAACAAAACAUGAUCCAGGCCCUAUUGUUGCAGGCACUCUCAUCAAGAUCUCCAUCAAGUGAUGGUCAUUCUAAUACCUCCUGUACCACUACUGUCUUGGCAAACAAAGGGCUUAUGGCAAAGACAAGUAAUGAGGUGUGUGACAUCCUCACAUCCUUAAAUCUUGGACAGUAUGCACCAUGUUUUAUGGAAAAUGGCAUUGAUGGUUCUACACUAUCCUUUAUUACAGAAGAUGGCCUCAAAGAAUUAGGAAUCCUUAGCCCUAUACAUAGGUCUAAAAUUCUUGGUUAUGUUGCAAGAGAGAAGUGAUUGCAUGUGCUCCUCAUUUUAUCAGGUGUCUUUGUUUUGCUUGUUAUGUUCUUUUUGUUGAUGUUUGGUUUUCUGUCUUUUCCUUGAGCUCUUUGCUGUAGGUUUAAGUAACUAUUUGCAAAAAAAGUAGUUUUGACAGAGACAUGUAAUUAUGUGCAYUGAUCUAUAGAUCUAUAGAUCAUUUGGCAUACAGAUAUUGUGUAAAUGAACUGAUUUUUUAAGAUUCUAUGAUAUAGUGUGUAAGAGAAAGAGUAGUCUGACUUUAUAAACAUGUAACAAGUUUUGUUAUGUUGAAAAUGAAACAUUGUUUCAAGAAUAUUAAUUUUUUUCA